UCCAACAUGGCGACGUCCGACGUGGAAAACAACGACAGUCCCAACAUUUUGUACGAUCUGACAGUGCAUGCAGAAUGGAAACACGAACAUGAGACAUUUAGAGCUGCCAUCAAUAAGGGAAACUUUUCAACUAUUGAGAAAAUAACUUCAACAACACAAAGAAAAGGAUGGACAGUACUUCGAAGUAUCGGACUUCCUUUCCAAGCUGGAAGUUCAUGCAGUCUACCAGCCAGCCUCGUCAAGUUAAUGAACUGUACUAUCAACUGGCACAUCGCAGUCACAAGAGACGGUUCCAUGGUAGCUGUGAUGCAAGAUCAGUAUAUUGAAAUAAGGUCCCAGCAUGAUGACUAUGGCAGUGUGACAGGGCGUGUAUCCAUCCAGAGAGACAGCCACCCCCAGUGGCGCAACCUGAGCUGGAGUACAGAUGGAACCAUGUUGGCAUGCGCCUACAGCAGUGGAACCAUUCACGUGUUCGACAUUGUUGGCACUCUGCUCUUUACUAUAGCUGAAAAUAAAGAGCCUACACAGAGCUUUGUCCCCACGGUGGAACUGAGUCAAGCAGUGGCUGCCCUCAUUUUCACAGAAAACACCAAAGAUAUUGAGUGGGUGAGUGAGUUACGUGUGGUACGCUACAGUGGCCGUCUCUCCUGCUACAAGGCUCAUCGGGACAAGGGCUGCCGGCUGGUGCAUGAGUUCUCCUUCAGCAAGCAGUAUCCUCUCGGCAUCAGUUGUGUAAGCUACGAUGAAAAAGCCUCGUUGUUGUAUGUGGGUGGAGGUGGAGAUGGGGAGGAGGGUGUUACCACGGCAACUAGAGAAGGUCUCACUGCCUGGAGGAUUCUCUCAGACAGCCCACAUUACAAGCUCAUAACUGACUAUGCAGAUGACUUAAAUAAGGCCCAGGGUAAGAAGAGGUUCAAGAUGCCACUGUUGAGACGGUUGAGAGGAGUUACACAAGAUGGGGUGCUCAAGGCCAGCAUUUCGCCCAUGGGGGACCACCUUUGCACCCUGCACUUCUCUGGUAAGCUGGGUGUGUGGGCUCUGCCCGGGCUGCACCUCAUUAAGGCAUGGGCGCCUCAGGAACAGCCGUACUGGGACGAAUUAAGUCCAGAAUUGACUGACAACCCACAGGUCCGCAAACAGAUCAAAGAUUUAGUCAACACCAAGAAUUUGCUUGACCUGAGCUGGUGGUCUAAUGAGGCAUUGAUCCUGGCCCGUGGGACAGGGGCUGUGACCGUCUCCUCUGUGAAGACACUGGCCAACCUGCUGGGAAAGCAGCCAGAGUGGUUCGAGCCUGCACCCCGCCUCACAGAGGUUCACAAUGGUGGAUUCCUCGGCCUAGAGGUUGAGUGUCGGUUUCCACGUAAGCGGUUGUUGUCGGUAACAGAUGAUGAGGAUGAGGACAGUGAGGAGGAAGAUGCCGGGCUCGUUUCACGCUCUUGGGGCCUCGCCAAGAAUGCCUUACACUACCUCACAGACAUGGACACAUUCAAACCACCAAAGAAGAAACCAAAGCUUGUCAACAGAACAUACAGAUUAGUGUGCUUGAAAUCCACAACACCAGAAGAACUUUUUGCAAGAAAGCUGGAGAAUGAGGAGUAUGGCGAAGCAAAGCAGCUGGCACAGGCGUAUGGCCUUGAUGUUGACCUUGUGUAUCAGCGACAGUGGAAGAAGUCUGCUGUGGAACGGGCCGCCAUACAGGACUACCUGAGUAAGAUCAGCAAGCGUAGCUGGGUAUUGCACGAGUGUAUGGAGCGUAUGUCUGACCGUAUUGAUGCCAUGAAGGAACUGCUGGAGUUUGGUCUUCGGGGAACUGACCUGCCGGCGCUCAUUAUGAUAGGAAAGGGAGAGGACCAGGGCAGGUUUAUCUUGUGUGAUGAAGAGGACGACAUGUAUGAGGACUUGGAGCCGGACCAGUUUGACCCGGAGUACGAGGCCAAGAGGGAACAACUCCGACAGAACCGCAUAAGCAUGCUCCUCGAACAAGUAGAAUUUGACAAUUUAAAUUUAGAGCAAAGGGAGCUGUGUAGGGCCAGAAAGAAGCUCCUACAAUAUCUCUACAGGCUGAAAACAUACGAGUAUAUAUUGGGAGGGGUAAAUGCAGCUGAGAGAUAUGAUGCCAAGUUCUUUGAAAAGUUUCGCUCACAGAACAUGGUGCAGACCGCCAUCACCUAUGCUCAGAAUAGCGACUGGAAAGCUCUGGAGAUCCUAUUGACCUAUCAUGGGGAGGAACUUUUGCCUCACAGGUUAAGCAUCUUGAACAAUUUCCCUGAAACAACCAAUCCUGAAGAAUUUAAAAUACUGUUACCAGAAAUAAGGGAUGGGAGUGUUGUAGAGUGGGGGACCGAACGGUGGGAGGUGCUUGACUGGGUGGAACGGGAGCCCUGCCACACUGCCCUUGCUCUUCCGACCCCUGACCCAGGGCACUUCCUGUAUGAGGAGCAGCCACAAUGGAACAAGUACAGAGGUGAUGUAAGUGCGCCCAAGAUCAAAGACUGGUACGAGACUCGUGCCAUAGAGAUAGAGCGUCUUUGCAGGCAAGCAGACUGCUCCCUUAAGCUCAUCCAGCUGGCUAUGGAGAGGGGUGUACAGGGCCUGGAGUGCGUACACAGUGAUCUGGUUACCAUGGAGAUGCUGGUGUACUGUUGUCACAUCGAAGAGACCUUCACAUUCCAACAGCUCAGGGACAUGGAUCACUACCACAAACUGGAACUCAUCAUGUCGAAGUCGAGUGAUGAGAUGUACAGUAAGAACCUACGGAAGUGGCUCGUUCCAUUCCUGAGGCAGACAGAGAAGCAGAAGUCUGGCUCAUACAUUAGCCUGCUGCGGCAAUACAUCACCAACAUGGCCAAACAUGACCUUGUCAAACCCCUGCAGAUAUUCGAAUCAUCUAAAACACAUUUGCCGAGCCCGGUGAUUCCAAAGCAGUCUGACCUUAUGUCCAUCGCCAUUGAGGCUAUCUACUGCUGUGAGAGAGCUGACCAGCUGAAGCAGGCAGAGGACAUCCUCAUGUGUCUGCCCAAGCCUGGAUAUGGAGCAGACACAAAGGAUAUUCAGAAGCUGCAUACAGAGGUAGACAAAGUGGAAAACCAUCUCUUUGCUGCCAAAAUUUUGGCAAAGUAUGGAGUGAAGAAGCCUGUCCACUACAUGAGGGAUUCAGAGUCAAAUGGGGAUGAGGGAGAACAGCUAAUGAUCAAACUCACCAGACUUGUUGGCAGAAGAGAGGGUGAGGUUACAUUCAACCAGUGGGCCCAGCUGCAUGCGGACAUGAUGGAGCUACAGGACAAAGUUUACCGCUGUGUCUCACAGGCUCUCGGCCAUGAGGUGUUCGUGGAGAGCCUGCUGUGUAGCAGUCGUGCGAGUUACAUCAAGUUGGCUGACACACUGGUUGAGCGGAGCCAGGGGGAUUCCAACCACCCCACUCCUCUCUUGUACACUAUGCAUACGCGUGUGCCAUAUCAGCGUGCUGUCCACCUCGUCCUUCAAGCUGCCGAGGAGUACUUCAACUCCUCCGCUAAUCUCUCUGACAUGUGCAUCAAUCUUGCCAGGAGUUGUCUGUCGCUAAUCCAGGACCGUCCGGCUGGUGUACAGGAGGAACUUGACCUUAUCUCCUCUCUUUCCAUUCUAGAUGACUUUGGCGUCAGUAUUCUUCCACUGCAAGUGCGUCUGUGUAAGGAGCGCUUGGAGCUGGUCAAAAGGGCCCUGGACGCCAGCCCAACCAACUACAAACACAAACAGAAGGUGUUGCGUCUGGGUCACCUGCUGCGUGUGGGUGGGGAGGAGCAGGACGAGAGAGAUGGCCAAGUUCUACACCUGCUUGCCAUGCACGCUCUCAAGAAUGAUGAUGUGGCAUGUGCCUAUGAGUUAUGUAAAGAGCUGAUUUCGUUAUGUCACGGCCCGGCCUGGGAUGUGUGUGUGGACCUUGCAGAACAUGCUGCAUUCACAAACGUACAUGCUAGACUGGAUCUACUGUCUUUUGCGGUGACAUACUGCAGCCCAGAUAUGAUAGAGCCUGUUCUACAGGCAAGAGCUGUGAUCGAAACACAGGUGCUGUGUGAAGGUAUAAGUUCGCGCGUAGAGGAGACUAGUGAGGACUCCGGGGCUAGAGUGAGCCCAUUUUCUGCACGGGCUGCCCUCCAGCACACACAUAAAAUCCUGACAUCUACGGGUGAGACAACGAGGGCAGUGCUGUCUACAGUAACAGAUGCCCGCUGGUGGCAGGGAACAGUGAACAAACUGACGAGGCAGGUGAACCGUCAGGCAUCAAAUGAUCUCACCAACAGGAAUGUAGGACUUCACAAGCAGGCUUGCCAUCCCUUUUAUGAGGGGCUCAUUGAACACUGCUUUGAAAAUGAGGAAGAGUCGGACUUCCGCCACAUAGGAGAGUCAAGUGAUGGGAUGGCACCUCAGGUUGCCGAGAAGCUGCUGCACGCUGCACUCCUGGAGGAAAUGCUGACAGAGGGAGAGAAAUCUCACUCCACAACUGCAGUGUUGUUGCAGCUGGCAACUGAGAGUUUCAGCAUAGACAGCACAUUGAGUCUGGCAUACCUGUUAGCCAUGCGGCCCCCCAUGGAGGCAGAGCCAUGUUUCUCUGCCCACCCGGUAACAGACAUAUCUCUGCAGCUUGCACUCUACUACUACUGCCUGCAGCUGUACACUGCCCUUCGGCCAUCUGACCUUCCACACCUCUCACCCCUGUAUGUCAAUGACCCAGUGAAGGUGAUGCGUCAUGUGACCAGUGUUGUGUGUGGUCAGCGGGAUGUAAGCUGGCCAGAGUCUGUGGUUGCCUUGGUAACCAAGGUGCGGCAGUACCGGGAGAGGCUGGAGGACUACAGGCAGGCCCAGAUACUCUCCAGGCUCAGCAGAGGUAUUGACACUGGUCGGUUUGCUUCGGAUCCAGAAUAUAAAGAAGAAACUAUAUUAGGACUGGCAAUGAGCCAAGAGGAGAACAUUUAUGAGAUAGCUGUGUCACUGGCAGAGAAAAACAACAUCCCUGUAUGGCAGGUGUAUGCUGCUCAAAUAGAGGCCCUUUUCUCAGAGCCAGGGCUUGAUAUAGAGGAACUACAAACAAGAGUGACCAAGCUUGGUUUGGUUGAGGCAUUGAGCGGCAGGCCUGCAGACUUCUGUAAUCACAUGACCACACGGGUGUACCCAGAUCUGGAGGGGACUGACCACGCCCUGUUGACGUAUUACUACACAACCAUGCAGAAAUGUGACAGCCCAUUACAAGGGGGCCUUACUGCAGAUGGUCAUGUCAAGCUGCUCAAGAAGCUGAAAUCUGUGGCAGCAGGUUUGGACUACAAGAGAUUGCUGGAGAGUGGUGGCUCCGUGAUGGAGGUACUCUCCCCUUGUCUCACCAACACCAACAUAACAACCUUCGCCAAACUUGCCAAACAUAUUCCUGAUGGGAAAGGGGGAACCCUGGAUGCAAGUGUAGUGUACUGUGCUUGGGCUGUCAAGUACUUCUGGGAAGGAGAUGGGAAAAAGCAGCCAGAAAACUCAGCUGGGUGGGUGCACCGUUACGAGGCAUGCGGGGAAUUUCUCCAAAAGCUCCAGCCAGAACAGCUGCCCCACUUCCUCCAGGCUGUCCUCUACACAACACGGGCAACCACCUCUUUGGAUGCGGAAUGUCGUCAUGAGAUCUGCAAGAGAUCAUUGAAGAUUGCUCGUCAGCAAAUGAGCAAGAAGAAACUGGCAGAAGAUAUGAAGUCCUCCUGGGAGAGCACCUGCACUGUUGUCAAUGGCUAUCUUCAACAUCUGUCCACACUGAGUGACAUGGUUGUCAUGACAAUGGCCUCAUCAGAGGUCACUAGAGUGCAGGAGUACUUCCAAAUCUACAACCUUUCGAAGGGAGACAGACAAGUAGUAUAUGAGCUCCUUAUCAGUAUAGUUCUGGAAGGGUUGUUGCCCCUGGAGACGGUGAGUGAGUUGCUAGGGGUGAUGGGACCACUGAUGAAUGAUACAGACAGUCAUAGGGAUGUGUGCUCUCUGCAAUCACUAGUGCAUGACAGCACAAAGCACAUACUACUUACCCUCAGUGGAAAGCCAAGUACAUUUACACCGUUGGUGAAGACCGAGCCCUUGUCAUGCCUAGAGAGCCUGCGGAAUGUUGUACAGAACAUACAAGAGCACAUAGAAGAUGGUGGUUCCUUGCUGACGUCAGAGCGACUUUUGUCCCAGCUGCGGCCUUUCUGCUCAGACUCCAGUGUUGAAGUCCAGCCACGCCUAGAUGUACUACACAUACUGGAAAAGAGUUUCAAGCUAUCGGAUGAGGACAUGGUUCUGCUUCAUCUCUACCGUACCCAGGCUGUUAUCACAGACACUUGGCAUGAUUGCAAGAUCAGCCAUGAUGAGAUAGCCACCGCCAAAUCCAGGUGCAAGUUGUUUUUUACCUUGCUUGAGAAGACUAUUCAAGCCAAGGGAGAAAACCAGGGAAAACUGGAGUUCUUUGCCCUUGUCAAGCUUCUCAAACUCUGGCCUGCUUUCCCAGCAAACAUCUGUGACCCUGAGAAGCCCUGGUUUGCCCUAUUGAAGGAAAUGGUAAAAAGUGGCUGUCGUGAAAACACUUCAUUAGUUCUUGAAACCUUGAAAUCGGAAUGCACUACACUUUCUAGACAGGAGGCAGAGUCUUUGUUUGAGGAGUUGGAAGCGCAAGGCCACUGUGCUGAGGCUGUCAAGCUGGCCCUGAUGUCAGGAUACUCGGCCCUUCACUCUCCUGCCCUGCUAACCCUCGCCAAUAUGCCACAGAUAUCUGAAGAUACGGAGCUGAUCACUCUUAUUUUGCGACAUCGUCUAGUCCCACAAUUGGUUUCAUCUGCGCAUUACCCAAUCAUUGUGCAAUAUCUACUAGCUAAUCAAGAGCCAGAACCGGGAUCACAUGAGUACCUCUCUGUGCAGGGAUUGGCUGUUCAAUUGAAGGAGGAUGGAUAUGAAGCUGAGGCUGGAAGCUUGAUGUAUCAAGUGAAGACCACGCCCCCAGUAUUACAGACGUUUGGAGGUGCUCUUGGUGCUAUGUCUAAAUGGUUCAAGUGAUCUUAUAACUGCAUGUUGCUAUUAAACACUUAAAUAAUAAUAGUUUUGUUGGAAUAUUAGACAUUUUGAGGGUAAGAAAAUUAAAUAAGAUGCUUCAGAGUUACGAAUUCACAAUUUGAGAAAUGUUUCUAAAGGGCAGAAGGAAAUUUCAGUUUUAAUGGUUUUGUGAGUUGUGAUAUAUUUAUUGAAA